AGGCUUAACUCGAGAACAGACUCACUUUCGCACAGCCCAUCACCCGGGUUUAGCUUGCACGCAUCCAACUCGACCCACCGUUCAAAUCUCCGCAUGUGUUUCGUUCCUUCGUUUAAAUCUCUUUGGACUGUUCGGUUUUACAAAUUGAGUUAUUUGAUUUAAAUACGCCUGGAUCUGCGCCACCGAAAACGAUGACGCUAGCCUGGGUGGCCUUUCUAUUCUUGGUCGCCGCAACAGGGUCAGACGCGGUUUGUGAAGGAGAUGAACCGACCGCGGCUCUACUCUGCCAUGUAGAGUCUGUUCUGCACCCAUCGAUCGACCCAUGCCACUGUACGCACAUGGUAGUGCACGACAAAGGGCUGUUAAAGGACGUUCAACUGCUGAAGGAGAAAAACCCUCGGUUGAAAGUCCUCGCGGUGGAGGACUCGUCGAAAGCCGAACUUUCCAAAGGGCUCGACGGUAUCUACAUCAACUUGGAGAAGCCCCCUUUGAAGGAAAAGCUUGUCGAAGAUUUCAAGGCUUUGUCGGAGUCCCUCCACAAAAUUGAAUCGACGAAACGAGCCAAAGCGAAAUUCGACGGAGGCAAACAAGAUACGGCAAAUUAUGGUAAUGAAAUCAUCAUGGAAUUGCCGGCUGAGCCACAGCAGUUGGCUAAGCACUACGACCUCAAAGCACUUACAAAGUAUGUCAACUAUUUCGUUGUGCCGAGUUACAAUCUGACCGAUAGCACUGAGGAUGGACUAGCAUACCACCCUAGCAGGCUCAUGGGAAUCGACGACAUUCUCAAUGCUGAUUCCCUUAUCGACUUUUUUUCGGGAAUGGGAGCCGAUCAUAGCCAGAUGAUCCUGUCUUUACCUGCAUUCGCUCUUCAUUUUAACCUCAAAGAUGCGGCUCAAAACAUGCCAAGAUCGUCAGUUUUAUCAGCACCUAAGAAAAUCUCUCAAGCACAGUUGUGUAAAAUGAUGGAUGAGGGUGGAUGGACUUUAGAACGUGAUGAAGAUCUGACAGCCCCAUAUGCUUACAAAGGUACUGAUUGGGUCGCUUUUGACGACUCCAUUAGUGCAUCUAUCAAGGGAAAAUACGCUCUUUUGAGAAAUUUGGCCGGUAUUUCAAUCGCCUCGUCGGAAAGCGACGAUUGGGAAAAGUCCUGCAGUGGCAAACCAAUCACGGACACUCUUUACAACACGUUUACACAGUUGUCAAGGAAAUCAAGGGCUGCUCAGUUGCUCUCGCUCCAAGAUCAAAUUCACAACUCGUUAACGCCGUUCUCAGGAGAUGUCCAUCUCUCACCCUUCAGAAUCGUAAGAGUCGUCGACAGGAGCGGUUCAGUCCACGUGGUUAGAAAAGAGGCAAAAACAGAAUUUGAAUGUACAAGGCAAGGCUACUUCACCCAUCCGUCAGGUUGUAACAGGUUUUACCGUUGCGUGAAAUUCAACCAGUACUCGCCUGAUUUUACGGUAUUUGAAUACGACUGCCCAGCAGGUCUUGCUUUCGACGAACGUUACGAAGUGUGCGUCUGGCCUGGUUCUCUUCCCGAUGCAUCUGCCUGUAAAGGUUCCAGCGAGAUUGCACCGGUUCCAAGGUCUAGGUACGCUUGCAGCUCUGAGGGUUAUUUCGCUGAUCCUGAGAACUGCAGAUGGUUUUUCGCUUGUCUCGACCACCACAGAGACGGCAAGACUCCGCCGACGGCAUACGAAUUCCGUUGUCCUUUCGGUUUGGUAUUCGACGGAAACAGCCUCGUGUGUGACUGGCCCUGGAAAGUGCCCGGUUGCUCUUCCGGAAGUACGUCUUUCUCUACUUUCGGAAGCGGUACUCUUUACCCAGGGGAUAUCUUAGAAGGGCGUCUUCGUCCGGCUUACGCCCAAGUUUCUGAUGUGCAUGUUUCUGGAGGAAGAAUACAAGGAGUAGACGGAGGUCAUGUUUUAGGUACCACCUUGCUCUCGGGUGUUGCGAGCCAAACGCAAGGAACAUACCCGGGAUCUGGUUACAGUGCAUUUGGAAGCCUAUCGGGAGUUGGCCAACCUGGAUAUUUUGGAGGCUCAAAUAGUGACAAUAGCGGAGCUUAUGUUCACGACCCCACAGGUGAUUCGGGAGGAGAAUACGUUCAUCAAGAUGUUCCCUACGUCCAUCGGGAAGGAGACCAAGUUCCGUACUUACACCAAGGAGAUAGUGGAGCGUACGUUCAUCAAAGUGAUAGUGGAAACUAUAAGGGAAGUGGUGCAUACAGCCAGCAAGGUGAUAGCGGUCGUUACAAGGGAAGUGAAGGAUACGCACAGGAAGGAGAUAACGGAGUCUAUGUACAUCAAGGAGAUAGAGGAAGUUACAGAGGAAGUGGAGGGUACGCACAACAAGGAGAUAAUGGUGCUUACGUUCAUCAAGGUGUUCCAUACGUCCACCAAGAAGGAGGACAAAGUCCAUACGUCCACCAAGGUGAUAGCGGAAGAUAUAAAGGAAGUGGUACAUAUGUUCAGGCAGGAGGCGGUGGAAGCGGUGCAUACAACCCGCAAGGUGAUAGCGGAAGUUACAAGGGAAGUGGUACCUAUGUACAAACAGGAGGCGUUGGAGGCGUUGUAUUCGGACCACAAGGUGAUGGAGGAAGUUACAAGGGAAGCGGUACUUAUGUACAACAAGGAGAUAGUGGUGCAUACGUUCAUCAAGACGUUCCUUAUGUUCAUCAAGAAGGAGAACAAAGUCCGUACGUCCACCAAGGUGAUAGCGGAAGUUACAGAGGCAGCGGUACAUACGUGCAGACAGGAGGCGGUGGAAGCGGUGCAUACAGCCCGCAAGGUGAUAGCGGAAGUUACAAGGGAAGUGGUUCCUAUGUACAAACAGGAGGCGGUGGAGGCGUUGUAUUCGGACCACAAGGUGAUAGAGGAAGUUACAAGGGAAGCGGUACUUACGUACAGCAAGGAGAUAGUGGAGCAUACGUUCAUCAAGACGUUCCUUAUGUACAUCAAGAAGGAGACCAACGUCCGUACGUCCAUCAAGGUGAUAGUGGAAGCUAUAAGGGGAGCGGUACAUAUGUGCAGACAGGAGGCAGUGGAAGCGUUGCAUUUGUACCUAAAGGUAGUGGUUCUUAUCCCAGUCAAGGACUCGGAGAUAAAUAUAAGGGUAGCGGAGAAUAUUAUGUUUCCACGGGAGAUUAUUACCCUAAUUCUUUAUUUGGCGGUAAUGUUUUUGUUUCUAAAGCAACAGGCGUUAAUGUUGGUGGUGGAGGCUCGGCUGGAGAAGGCGCUUACGUUCAUGAUCCCACCGGUGACAAUGGUGGGCAAUAUGUUCACGAUGGUCGGGAAUAUGUCACCGGCUUAUCGAAGUAUUCUUCAGACGUAAAGACUGGAGGGUCAUUUACACCUGGCACCCUUACUGGUGGUUUCGUACCUGGAACAUCUUUAGCGGGAGUUAAGACUGGAACAUUUUACACUUCUGGGGCAGGUGUAGGAUUAAAUAGCGGAGCUUACGUUCAUGACAACAAAGGUAGUUAUGAUGUCAAAACAGGAGGAAAUUUUGUAGUCACUGGACUUGAUAAUGGCGCAUACGUGCACGACAGCAGAGGCGAUUUUGGUGGUGAAUAUGUCCCUGGAUUUGGCGGUGCUUAUAGAUUUGAUAAUACAGGAAACUACCGAGGAAGCUUCUACGGAGGGAAAUACGCAGUAGGUCAAGGUAGCCCUCAGUAUGUAACUAAUCUAUACAAAGGAACUGAUCAAUACGGAAAUGGCGCCUAUGUUCAUGAUGCUCGCGGAGACUACGGUGGAGGAUACUAUCAAAGUGGAUACAAACUAUCUGCUCCAGUUAAUACUUUUGGACUCCGAGUCAAUCAAGCCCAUCUGUAUCAACCGGCAUCUGCUGUCGUUCAUUCUUACGGCCCUACUAAAUUUUCCGUCCAAGAUCAAGGAUACGUUCAACACUCUGUCAGUGUAGCACCCAUUACUGUUACGAGUGCUCCCGUCGUUCCUCUUAAACCAGUCCAGUAUUUACAACCGCAUGUUAGUCCCGUAGUAGUCACAACACCGGCCCCUCAAAUUGUAGGAUACCAUUACCAAAAAACACCUACAGUUAGUCCAGUCACAGUUACAUCUGCUCCGGUUGUUCCUCUUAAUCCCGUGCAAUAUGUUAAAACGCCUCAGCCUGUUGUACACAAGUUCCAACCCGUUGUCGUAAGUACUCCUGCCCCACCUGUAGUCAAUUACAGCUACAAGCAACCCGUCGUGUCUACUGUGAAACCUUUCACUGUUUCUAGCACUGUGGCGUACAGUCCAUCAUCGACACCAGCUCCACCGGUCCUAUCUUAUCACCAGCCGACGGUUGUGAAAACAGAACACCUCCAGCCAGUUGUAGGAUACAGUUAUUCUAAACCUGAACUCCAUUUGUCGUCAUUAAACCAAGUCAAUACGUACGGAACAAGAUUUGUAAAUGCUGGGCCAUCAGUUGUACACUUUGAACAUCCAGUCGUCAGCACCCCCUCACCACCAGUUAGUUACACGUUUAAACCUAUAACUGUAUCUAGUACACCCGUUGUUCCGUUAAAUCCAGUUCAGUAUAACGUCAAAUAUCCUCAACCAGCAUCAGUUCCAUGCAAAACGUGUGCAGUGGCUCAAACGCCUAAACCAUUGACGGUAACGCCUUCUCCAGUCGUUCAUACUGAUUAUAACUAUUUUCAACCAGCAGUUCAAUCAGAAACGACCUUUGUUCAAUUUCCACAAUCAUAUGCGGGUGGCGUAUCAUUGAAAAAGCCUGUCUGCACAUCUUGCGCUUCAGCUCAGACUGCCAGACCGGUAACUGUUACAUCUAGGCCGGUCGUACCACUAAAUCCCGUGCAGUACGUUCAACCCGUACAAGUUAGCACUCCAUCUCCUCCAGUGGUAAGCUACACAUACCAAAAGCCUGUGUACAAAACUCAGCCUCUUCAGCCUACAUUCGUUGUAAGUACACCCGCACCGAAUGUUCAUUAUCAACAUCCUCAGAAUUCACUAGGAACAGCAUUUAAAUACCAGCCUUUUGUUGAAACACAAACAGUUAGGCCGGUUAGUGUUUUCAGCACACCUGUUGUUCCCUACAAUCCCGUUCAAUAUACACCUGUUAGACCUGCAGUUGAAUAUCAUCAGACAGUCGUCAAAGAUUCAUUCGGAUACAGCUAUCCACAGCCUGCAGUUAAAUUCGAACUUCCGGAAUUUAAAACAGUACAUCAUGUAACUACCCCUCAACCAUCGGUAGCUCCAGUCAGUUUCAGUAACGUGCCAGUUGUCCAAACUCAGACAGUUAGGCCAUUUGUUUCCACCACACCGGUUGUUCCGUACAACCCAGUACAAUACGUAAAAACUGCUGAAGUAAAACCAGUUGUAGCUUACCAUCAGCCUCAACCAUUUAAGCCCGUAGCAGUUUCUCCGCCAUCUCUUACAGUAUCUUACAGUUCACCGGCCGUGAAAACACAAACAGAACGACCAGUCAGUUACAAUUACCAACCUGUAAGAACUGAAACAUAUGUAAGCACUCCAGCGCCGCCAGUCGUUAGCUAUCAACCAUUCGUUAAAACACAAACUGUAAGCCCUGUUGUUCCAGUCGUAACAAGCAGGCCUGUUGUUCCUUUGAACCCAGUGCAGUACGUAAAGCCAUUGGAACCAAAACCGGUGUUUAGUUAUAGUUAUGUCAAACCUCAAACAGUGCACACCUAUUCUGUAAGCACGCCAGCACCGCCAUCAGUUAGUUACAGCUACCAACCUGCAGUAAAGACCGUCAGCACUCCAGCACCACCCGUUGUCAAUUAUCAAUCCUACGUCAAAAAACAGACUGUGAGACCAGUUGUUCCAGUUGUAACAAGCAAACCGGUCGUUCCUUUGAACCCCGUGCAAUAUGUAAAACCAUUGGAACCUAGGCCAGUCUUUAGUUAUAACUAUGUCCAACCCCAAACGGUGCAUACAUAUUCUGUUAGUACGCCAGCACCUCCAUCAGUUAGUUACAGCUACCUACCAGCAGUAAAGACUGUUAGUACUCCAGCACCACCCGUAGUAAACUAUCAAUCCUACGUCAAAACCCAGACUCUGAGACCUGUUGUUCCAGUUGUAACAAGCAAACCGGUUGUUCCUUUGAACCCCGUGCAAUAUGUAAAACCAUUGGAACCUAAGCCAGUCUUCAGUUAUAACUAUGUCCAACCCCAAACGGUGCAUACAUAUUCUGUUAGUACGCCAGCACCUCCAUCAGUAAGUUAUAGCUACCAACCAGCAGUAAAGACCGUUAGUACUCCAGCACCACCAUCAGUUAGUUACAGCUACCAACCAGCAGUAAAGACUUUUACUACUCCAGCACCACCAGCAGUGAGCUACCAACCAUUCGUCAAAACUCAGACUGUGAGCCCAGUCGUUCAUGUGCCCUCUGUGCAGUACGCACAACCUUUGAAACCGAAAACUGUGUUUAGUUACAGUUAUGUCAAACCCCAAACGGUGAAUACAUAUUCUGUUAGUACGCCAGCACCUCCAUCAGUAAGUUACAGCUACCAACCAGCAGUAAAGACCGUUAGUACUCCAGCACCACCAUCAGUUAGCUACAGCUACCAACCAGCAGUAAAGACCGUUACCACUCCAGCGACACCAGUAGUUAGUUAUCAGCCGUUCGUCAAAACCCAGACUGUCAGGCCAGUUGUUCCGUUCGUUACAAGCCAACCCUCCGUUCCGUUAAAUCCUGUACAAUACGUCAAAACGUUCGAUGCAAAACCAGUGUUGAACUACAAUUUCGUUCAACCUAAACCAUUGCAAACUGUUUCUGUAAGUACACAGGCUCCUCCUGUAGUUAGCUACAGCUACCAGCCGGCUGUAACUUCACAGACUGUUAGACCAGUUACAGUCACUAGCACCACACAGUUGCCAUAUGAGCCAGUUCGAUAUGGCAGCCAAGAUUCUAAACUUGCAUUUGGUUACAGAUAUGAAAAACCUAAGCAGUUCGUCUCUCCUUCGUUCCAUUCACUCUACAAUGGAUUUGUGGAGUACGGUAAGCCCGAAUCAAAACCAACUUACAGUUUUAGUUACGUUAAUCCUGAACCAGCCGUUUUCAAAGUACCUACUACACCUCGACCUGCAGUUAGGGUAUCCACCACUCCUGCUGUACCUUUUAGUUCAGUUCAAUAUGUUGAACCAAGUAAGCCAUCAUCAUUUGGUUUCUCUUUCGAAUCACCUUCUGUUCACAAAGAUUAUUAUUACGGUGGAAAGGUUGUACCAUUUGUUACUAGCACAGAAGUACCAUUUGUUGAACACAAGCUUGUGCGGGUAAGGCCGGCCGGAUUCCAAGCUGUAGUAUCCUCGGAUAAACCAGAAUCGUAUUUCGAAGAGUAUUUCGAAUCUCAAAAACAUUUGGAUGCUGCUCCUAAGGGACAGUACUUCAGUAGCUCCUUCUCAAGUCAAGGCAAUACCGGUUACAAAUAUGACAAGCCAGCCGUCCAAUUGGAAGAAAACUUAAACUUCCCAGGAAUUAAAGUUAAUCAAGGUUUUGAUAACACGUAUAAACAAGAAGUACCCUCGUCGUCAUUCGCCCCGAUCGUCGUCCCCGAAGUGUCCACAACUGUGAGGACGUUCGUUAAAAAGCCAGUCCAAACAUACGUUAAUACUGUAGAAGAAGAAAAUUAUUUCACUAGCUCUGUUGUACCAGCACUCGGCUAUCAGGAAAGCGGACAAUUCGAUGUACCUAAAUCGGGAGUACAGUUAUCUUCGUCGACGCCAGAACAAGUCGUGGAAGUCACUACUGUCGCCCCAGUUGUUAAAAGAGUUAGAGUCAAAGGUGGAUCAUCUGAAGGAGGCGGGUACUACGUCAGGAAACAGAAAGUUAGAGUCAAACCUGUCGUAACUACUGAAAACUAUCCAGACUUUGUUACAUCGACAGUCAGACCUUUUUACUCGACCACUUUUGAACCUACCGCUCCUGCACUGGUCUUAACUUCAUUUACGCCUACAGGCUCGGUAGCCGGUACGGAAUUGGAGAUCGAAGGAGAAGAAGACGACGCUAAAUUGCUCAAAGCAGUAUCCGGCAGUUACGGAGAAGUUGUCAGUUCAGGAGACAAAGGUGUUUUGCGACAAGGCCUAUCUUCGACUACGAUUUCAUCGCUGAAAGACGGUGAAGCUAUCGUCGGUGUUAUCAAAAAAGAAAGGGAACCCUUAACCGGAAGGAAGAAGUCUAAGGUGGUCGUCGUAUCCAGACUCAGUGAUUUCAACCCAAUUUUGGUCGGAAAACUCGGUGCAGAAUGUAGUUGCAAAUCCAACACCAAAACAUUAGAUCUGUCUAAGAACUCGAGGACGAGAGGUGGUCUGUUCACUCCGUCAACUACACUGGCCGAACCAUCGAGGGAAUAUUUACCGUCGUCGAGCACACCCCUACCAGCCGAUUUGACUAACUUUGACUACGACGAUGCUAGUGCUCCGACUGUAGAAAUCAAACCAGUACACAAGGUACAGAGGGUGUUCACUACUACCGGCCAGCCGCUGGACGUGAGCUCCGUCGAAUACGAAGUUUCGACCACAUCGCCAAGGAAGGUGUCAUCGGUUUCAUCCAGAAGGACUCUUACAAACACCUUGGACGUCGACUGCCAGAGGCCAGGUCUUUUCAGGCACCCACAUCUCUGCAACAAAUUCUAUUCUUGUAACUGGGACGAAUGGAAGAAACGGUACACAGUCAACGUAUUCGAUUGCCCCAUCCAUUUGGCGUUCGACUCCAAAUUGGGCGCAUGCAACUGGCCUUCCAAGGGUCCUAAAUGCGCCGAAAACAACCUUCUCGUUUAAAACAAAUAUAAUAUCACUGAGAUAACCAUGGUAUUAGCUCGAAAUUUUUCUAGUACAAAAUGCUCAAUUACGGUUGAUUUGUAAAGCAAAUACCGCUUAUCUUCGUGAACUUGGCAAAACGAUAUUGAGAAGAAAUGUUUAGGUUAAGAACUAACACCUUUCGGAAUCAGUUGAGUUACCAAUGCUUUCAAAAACUGAUUUCCAAAUCGUGCUAGGACAAUGUUUAUAUUAAACCGAUCCCUUUAAGUAUGCAUUUGUGUGCAAUAAAUUUUCUUUGUAUAUUGUUCGUUGUCGACUAAGUUUUUAAUUAAUAAAGCAACGUGCUUGCCAUAUUACGAUUGCCAUAAUUUUAAUUAUUUCUAAUUUAUAAGUUCUAGUGCUAAAAUUUACUGAUUUCGAACAUUUGAAAAAAUUAUUUGAGUUUGUUUUUAUCUGUUGUUUUGUACAUAUUUAUUUACUCAUGACACCUUUUUAACGUGUUAUUCUAAUAAGACUCGAACAAUUUGGGCAAAAACUUGUGGUCAUCUAGUUUUAUAAAAAUAAUUUUCUGUUGUAAUUUUAAGCUUAUUGUAUUGAAUUAAAUAAUAACUUGAUGUGCA